AUGGCAGAGGACGAGAGCAAGUCGGACGUGUCGUGGCUGCCGCAGGGCACUGUGGCGCUAGCGGACGGCGAGUACGACGUCAUCGUGCUGGGCACAGGGCUCAAGGAGUGUAUUCUGAGCGGCCUCCUGGCCGUGAACGGCAAAAAGGUGCUGGUCGUCGACCGCAACGCGUACUACGGAGGCGAGUGCGCGUCGCCGAACCUGACGAACCUGUACAAGAAGUUCAAGCCGGGGCAGGAACCGCGCAGCGACUUGGGCGCGGACCGCGACUACAAUGUGGAUCUCGUGCCCAAGUUCAUCAUGGCGUGCGGCAAGCUGGUCAAGAUGUUGCUGCACACAAAGGUGACGCGGUACUUGGAGUUCAAGAACGUGGACGGCAGCUACGUGGUCAAGGGCGGACGCACGCACAAGCGCAAGUUCCGCAAGCUCAUCAUGUACAUUUACAACUACGAGGAGGACGACCCGAAGACGUAUGAGGGCAUGGACCUGUUCAAGCAGCCCAUGAGUGACCUCUUUGAGAAGUACGGAGUGGACGCGAACACGCAGACCUUUAUGGGCCACGCGAUGGCGUUGAUGCGUGACGAGUCGUACCACAAGCGCCCGGCCAUUGAGACCGUGCGUGCCAUCAAGCUCUACGCGUACUCGCUCGAGCGUUAUGGCAAAUCGCCGUAUAUCUACCCGCUGUAUGGAUUGGGCGGGUUGCCCGAAAGCUUCUCGCGUCUUUGUGCUAUCAACGGCGGCACGUUCAUGCUGAACCGAUCGGUCGACGAGAUUCUCACGGACGAGCACGGCAAGGCGUGGGGUAUCAAGUGCGACAACGAAGUGGCCAAGGCGAAGCUCGUGAUUGGCGACCCGUCCUACUUCCCUGCUGAGAAGGUGCGCAAGACUGGCGUAGCGGUCCGCUCGAUCUUCAUCUUGAACCACCCCGUGCCCAACUCGAACAACGCCGAGUCGCUGCAGAUCAUUAUCCCCGCUGCUCAGGCCGAGCGCAACAACGACAUUUACGUCGCCGUCGUGUCGUUUGCCCACUGCGUUGCGCCGCAAGGCAUCUACAUUGCCAUUGUGAGCACGCUGGCGGAGACGUCGGUGCCGCUGCAGGAGCUAGAGCCUGGUGUCAAGUUGCUGGGCCCGUACCUCGAGCGCUUUGACAGUAUCACGGACAUGUUCGAGCCCGUGGCGGAUGGCAAGGAAGAUAAUUGCUACAUUAGCGCCUCGUACGACCCGACGAGCCACUUUGAGACGACGUCCGAGGACGUGCUGGACCUAUACAAGCGCCUCACAGGCGAGGAGCUCGACAUGAACAUUAACGCCGACUCGACCGACGUGGACCAGUGA